AUGUCACUGGAAGACAUCCAUAUGAACACCCAGGAUUUGCUUGAAAAAAAACAAUUAGACGCUGGAGGAUUUGGAACAAUUUCUUUAUGUUUUCACAAGAAGCAUGGAUAUGUAGUAUUAAAAAAAGUGUAUACAGGGCCCCAGCGCAUUGAAUAUAAUGCUUCCCUCCUUGAAGAAGGCAGGAUUAUGCGCAAACUGCAGCACGACCGUGUGGUAAAACUACUAGGUAUAGUUUUGGAAGACGGAAACUACUCACUUGUGAUGGAGUAUGUGGACCGGGGGAACAUGAUGAAAGUGCUACAGAAAUUCCCACUGCCUUUGUCAGUGAAAGGACGUUUUGUGCUGGAGAUCACAGAAGGAAUGCUUUAUCUGCAUGAGCAAGGCUUCGUACACAAAGACCUAAAACCAGAAAACAUCCUUGUGGACACAGAUUUCCACAUUAAGAUUGCAGAUCUCGGUGUUGCCUCCUUUAAGAGCUGGAGUCGGCUGACCCAAGAGGAGACUGUCCGACAGAAGCAAAUCAAGAGCACUUGCCAGAACAAUGCUGGGACCCUUUUCUAUAUGGCUCCAGAGCAUUUACGCUGUCUUAAUGUAAAGCCUGUGGAGAAAUCAGAUGUUUACAGCUUCGGCAUAGUGAUCUGGGCAAUUUUUGCUAACAAAGAGCCAUAUGAGCAUGGUAUAAAUGAAGCCCAGAUUUGCUUUGGAAUCAUAAAUGGAAACAGACCAGACAUAAAGGAGAUCACUAAUGAGUGUCCAGUGGAAAUUAUUGACUUAAUGAAACAAUGCUGGGAGCAGGAGGCAGAGAAGCGGCCAACCUUUGCAGAAAUCAGUCAAAGAUACAAGCCAUUUUACUAUCAAAAUCUAGGAAAAAAUAUUGAAGAUGAUCUGAAGAAGUUAAAAAAAAUGUGUCCAGAGUCAAAUGAACUGCUGAAUAGGAUACAAUCCCUUCAAAUAGAUGCUGUAGCAGAAGAUCCCAGUAACGGUCAAGAUCAGCCUAAUUCUCUACACAGCUCUCAAGGUGCCAUGACCAGUCAGGUUAACGAAGCCCUAUUUGCUGCCUCUCCUGGGAACCAGCCUGUUGAGAGCUGCGAGACCUCGUUUAUAUCUGCUGAUAACCUAGAUAGAAAACUUGAGCGUGAAUACAACUACCAUGUAUUUGGGAGCCGGAUGGAUAAAGCAGUUCCAGCUGUAGUAUACACCCCUGAAAUGAGAGAGGAAGAAAGGAGACGAAGAGUUUCCUACGAUCCAUUUGCAAAGUCAUCUCCUACUCCUCAAUGGAGUGAACUGUAUCCAAGAGCUGAAAAAACAGGAUCGAACACUAAUCCAUAUUUUUGGCCACAGCCAGUUGCAACAGCACCGAAACAGGGAACUGUAGAUGUUUUUUAUGGGCCAAACCCUAACAGUCUUCUAGCAGGAAACACAGAGGGUCUCUAUGGAUUGUGUUCAGCCAAUACCUUCAGCCUAAGUAAACCUCCUGUGCCUGAAUCUGGCCCAAACCUGCAGUCACAGACAAAUGUAAACUGGUAUCCAAAGAAUGCAGACACAGAUACAGGAAACAAGGAUUCAACUUCUUUCACAAGGGGAACUUUUGCAUAUUAUCCUACUCCACCCAGAGUAAGCACAGAAGAUUCAAUCAAGUACAACAUAAGUAACAGUUCUGGAAUUCAAAUUGGAUCUUACAAUUACAUGAAGAUUGAAGACCAUAAUCAACAUAUCAGCACUUCUCCUGUUGCCACAGAAGAAAUUUAUACGUAUUAUGAAGCAAUGGGUAUAUUUGACAAUACUACUGUCCUGACUGACAGACAUCUGAAUCUAGUGCGAGAAAAGCUGGCUAAACAGUGGAAGCACUGUGCUCGUAAACUGGGCUUCUGUGAUCCUGAGAUUGAUGAAAUUGAUCACGACUAUGAACGAGAUGGACUAAAAGAAAAAGUUUACCAAAUGCUGCUUAAGUGGAAAAAUAGGGAAGGCUCCAAAGGUGCUACAGUUGGAAAGCUUGCCAAAGCUCUCUUUGGCUGCCAACGACUGGAUCUCCUUACUAGUUUGAUGCAAAUCAACGAGGAAUACGCUGACUGA